AUGGGUUCUUAUAGUACCUUAUCAAGCAACUCCACCAUGAAAGCAUCAUCAUCAGAAGCAGAAGUAAUUCAUUACUUGUUCGGUGGGUUAGCAGUCAUUUUCGGAGUCAUCACAUUAUCAUUGCUCAUCAUAUCAUGUUAUUUCUGGAAACAAUUUUUAUCUUUUGCAUCAUCUAAUGAUGAAGAAAAAUCAUCCAAUAUGCAUGUUAUGGAUACGGAUCAGGUAGUUUCAGAGGCAGAGAUCGUUGUGAUAAUGCCGGGGGAGACUAACCCUACUUAUUUUGCUAAGCCAGAUUCUUCCAUAAGUCAUCCUGAUCACCAAGAUCUUUAG